CUCUAUUUCUUUCUGUGUGUGUGUGUGUGUGUGUGUGUGUACGCGCGCGCUUGCACACCCCAUUCGCUUGUAGGAGGAGUUUGACUGUAAACUCUAGAGCGGUUUCCCCUUUGCUGUUCAUUUUUUGUCUCUGCGUUCCUGCCGACGCUAUGCCUCAGAAAAGCAGCUCUGCAAACCUCAUAAUCACACUGACAGACGAGGAUUCAUGAUAACCAGCGAUUAAACGGUAGCAAUGAGGGGUGAAAUAUUCACACUGCUGCUUGCCAUGUGGCCAUGUCUCCAGGCCCUCUUCGUCGUGGAGUCGGAGCAAGCUUCCUACGAUGGAGAAGUCCACGAUAAGGUCAUGAUGGGAUGUCGGUUUUCACGCAUUCCCAGCGUCUCACGCUUAUCCGUCAUUUGGAAGCGUAUCAGCCCUUCACCGACUCUGGAAGUCUAUCACCUAGAUAUGGGCCAUGAGAAACGCAACUUCACCAACCCGCACUUUCAGUCACGGGUGCGCCUCCUGAGGGAGGAACUGGAGAACUUUCGGGCCGUAAUCGAGCUCUCCCAUCUUCGUCUGAGCGACUCGGGAACCUAUCGGUGCAUCGUGAUCCAGGACGAGGCUGACUACAAGCAGACCCAACUCAACGUCCGAGCGUCAUAUAAACCGAUUAAGAAGACCAUCAGGGUGCUAAGUGAAAAGGAAGUGGAGCUUUCCUGCGAGUCACAAGGCUUCCCGUUGGCCCAUGUGACUUGGACCGACAGCAAGUUCAACGAGGCACAUCUGACCAACCGCUCGGAAAACAGCCACACGCAAAACAGUGACGGCAUCUUCAUCGUCACCAGCCGAUUAAAGGUCACCAAGAACGCCGAAAAUUACACCUGUUCCUACGUGAGCGACGACGGCAAAACGAGCCAGACAGCUACGUUCGUUAUCCCAGAUGAACUUGGAGAGACGAAUAAAUGGACCAAAGGAUACGCAGCGAUUUCGGUGAUAGUGGUGCUGUGCCUGGGUUUAGUCUUUCUCUUGCUGUUUCUGCACAGGAGAAAGAAAGCGCAAACACAUCUGGAUAUCUCCUCGAUUAAAUGUGAAUCACCUGAACAAAACCUGAGAGUGACCUCAACUGACCAUUUACUUCCAAAUUCGGAUUCCAGAGUCGAUACCCUUACGUUUACCUCAGAAUCGUGGAAUGGAAAAACAGAAAAUCUGCAGGAUGUGCAGAAGCAAAGUUUCACACUCCCACCUACACUUCUCUCUGAAGGAAACCAGCAUAACGACAUCUAGGACGUUCUUCCAGGCCAGAGGGUAAACCUUCUUGCUUCUAGACGGGAAAUUAGGAACCGGCAAAUCCCAGAACUUGGCUUCUUCAUGGCUGACUUUAUUUAAGAUCUUUUAAACAUCUGAGAUGCUCCAGCUUGUGAUUUUCAUAGACUGUAACGAAGAUGAAUUGGAUUAUGUCGAAACGGUGCAACAAACAAUCUCAAAGACAUUCUUCUGGAGAUCAAGGACAGUCUCGUCGUCCUGGACGGAUAUAAAGAAUAGAAAGAGCCAGAGAACGGGUCACUCCCUGAGAGAGCGAUGGACGUAUAGGGUGCAGGAUGUUGAUCACAGAAGAUCCUGGAAAGCACGCCAUUCUGGGACAGGAAGUUAAUCAGACUUUACACACUGUUUCUCCAAGCAGUGACUCAAUGGAUUCAAGGAACUGAAGUCUUUGUUAAGUUAAAGUUUUUUCAUUUCAUUUCAGAAGCUGCAUUGUUUCUUCUGUACUGGUUAGUGUUCAUGUGCUAAACUUUGUACUUAGCGCCACUAGCUAAUCAAGUUAGCAAAGCAAACAAACUGUACUAGCUACACACACAUACACACUGGAUAUCGAUGACAAUCUCCGCUACAUCUUCCAUUAUCCAGAUAAUAAAUGAGAACUGAUAGCAAGUAGAAACCAAAGAAAUGCUGGAUCACGAGUGUCAUCGGACGUCGAUCGUUGGACUUGUAGCUUUGUGACAUCAUAACAAACCUGCAUAAAAGUGAACAUUUCUCAGUUUGACGAUGACGUUGGGAUUCUUCCUCCAGGUUGCACACGUCUAUACAAAAUGAACAUACUGUAGGGUUACCUCAGGUCGGCAGGACAGUACCUUCAGUACCACCCCAGCAAACUGGUAGCUGAUAAUAAAAAGUCUAUUUAUUUUUUUAGUCUAAUCUUUUUUCAACCAUUAUGACCAUUUUUUGUAAUAUUUUGUACAAUAUUUUUGUAAUAUACAUUUUUCUUUUUCCGAAAAACAUGUUUCAAUGGCAAACUUUUAAUGCCAUUUUUUUCUUUAACCAAAAGUCAGACUCAUUUUUUUUUAACUUUCUUUUAACAAUUUUAACAUUCCAAUAUCACGAUGAUGUGAUUUUUAUGUAUCAACUGUGCAUAAACACUCACAAAAAAUAAUAUUUUAUACAAUGGUUUAUAUAUUUCUGUACUUUAUAUUGCACACAAAACAAAUGCAAUAAAAUAAAAUAGUGUUUAAAAUAGUGUCAUGUGCACCAGAGCAGUAUUUCUGUAUCAUUCUGUAUAAUAGAUUAAAUGUAUAGAUAUAGCUAUAGAUAUAGAUAUAGAUAUAGAUAUAGAUAUAGAUAUAGAUAUAGACAGACACUCAGACACGUCUGUACUGAGCCUUUUUUACUUUUUAUUUCAUUUCUGUUUCUCGUGUAUCAUUGCACAAGUUCAGCCGGGAUUAAAUGACUCAAACCACUUACUUCUCUUAGCCAAGUGAGGAAAACACUGCAUUGGUCCACAUGUACUGACUGUCACCAUAGAAGUCUGAUGUGGACCAACACUUUUGUACUGCACUAUUUGUACAGUCUUGUGUUUGGAAUAAAGCGUAUGUUUGCUAUAA